CUCGUAGCGUUAAUACUAAGCUCUCGUAGCGUUAAUCCUAAGCGAAGCAGGGAUAGAAGAAGGGGUACGGAUACAUUUCUCCUUUCCUCAUCUCCUUCUCCCUCUGAGUUCUCACCACAAAAUUCACUGAUCUUUCCUUUGCUCUGUCUAGAGAAAAGAUGGUAAACCAACCAAACAAGGGAGAAAGGAAGAGAAAAUCAGGGAUAAACGCGGGUAACUAUGAUCAACAGCUGGAAGAACUUGUGAGGCUACUGAAUGGUCUUAAGGAUACAAAUGCAGAAUUGGUAAAGGAGAAAGAGAAAUUUAAAUCUGAGAGAACUGCUUUGGAGCAGGAGAUCGAGAGUCUUAAAUCUAAGAUUACUGCUCCGGAGCUUACUGUUUGGGAGCAGAAGAUUGAGAAACUUAAAUCUGAGGAAACUGCUCUGGAGCGGAGGAUCGAUGGAGUUAAAUACAAGAUUACUCGUGUGGAGCGGGGACUAAAGAAAUUUAUGGUAACAUCUCUAUCUUCACCUCUUUUUCUCUUCUAUGGAUAUGAAUAGUAGCAAAAUGUGUUCUUUCUCUAGAAUUUUUAAAUGAUUCUUCAAAAUGAUGAAUGGAAUGCUAUCAGCUGCUUUAUAAUUUCUUAGACUGCAUUUAGCAUGGUUGUAGUUUUUGGUUUUUAUAAAUUUCGCAACUCUAA